UUUCAGGGCUGGGUACCGGGCAUAUUCAGAGGCAGAGAGAGGGCAGAAGAAAGGGGAUGCUUUGGAGCAAAAUCCUCCAGAUACUGGAGACCUGUGAAAGCACAAGAAAAUGACCCUAUGGAGUAAGUGUGGACCUUUGUGUAGAAGAGAGAGUAUCAUGGUGGCCUUCAAAGGGGUCUGGACUCAAGCUUUCUGGAAGGCAGUCACAGCGGAAUUUCUGGCUAUGCUUAUUUUUGUCCUGCUCAGCCUGGGAUCCACCAUCAACUGGGGUGGAGCAGAAAAGCCCUUACCGGUCGACAUGGUUCUCAUCUCCCUCUGCUUUGGACUCAGCAUUGCAACUAUGGUCCAGUGCUUUGGCCACAUCAGUGGUGGCCACAUCAACCCCGCCGUGACGGUGGCCAUGGUGUGCACGAGGAAGAUUAGCAUUGCCAAGUCUGUCUUCUACAUCGCAGCCCAGUGCCUGGGUGCCAUCAUUGGAGCUGGGAUUCUCUAUCUGGUCACGCCUCCCAGUGUGGUGGGAGGCCUGGGAGUCACAACGGUUCAUGGAAAUCUUAGCGCUGGUCACGGUCUCCUGGUGGAGUUGAUAAUCACAUUUCAGUUGGUGUUUACUAUUUUUGCCAGCUGUGAUUCCAAACGGACUGAUGUCACUGGUUCCAUAGCUUUAGCAAUUGGAUUCUCUGUUGCAAUUGGACAUUUAUUUGCAAUCAAUUACACUGGUGCCAGCAUGAACCCUGCCCGAUCCUUUGGACCUGCAGUUAUCAUGGGAAAUUGGGAAAACCACUGGAUAUAUUGGGUUGGACCAAUAAUAGGAGCUGUCCUCGCUGGUGGCCUUUAUGAGUAUGUUUUCUGUCCAGAUGUUGAACUCAAACGUCGUUUUAAAGAAGCCUUCAACAAAGCUGCCCAGCAAACAAAAGGGAGCUACAUGGAGGUGGAGGACAACAGGAGCCAGGUAGAGACCGAUGACUUGAUUCUAAAACCUGGAGUCGUGCACGUGAUCGACAUUGACCGGGGUGAGGAAAAGAAGGGGAAAGACCCAUCCGGAGAGGUGCUAUCUUCAGUAUGACUAGAAGAUAGCACUGAAAGCAGACAAGAGCCCUUAGAACUGUCCUCAGAUUUUCUUCCACCCAUUAAGGAAACAGAUUUGUUAUAAAUUAGACAUGUGCAGGUUUGUUGUUUCAUGUCAUAUUACUCAGUCUAGGCAGUAAAUAUUUCAUUAUUUACCAAGGAGGAAUGAAAGAAACCUAUCAUGAAUUUCAAAUCUAAAAAAAAAAAAAAAGUUUUGAAGUAUCCCCAAAGCCAAUGUGUAUCUAUUUUAUCUAUUUGCUAUUCAUUAAUAAUCAAUUUAAAAUGUGUAUCAAGAUUUUGUUAAGGUUUGCCUGACCACUUACAGACAUACCUAUCAGCGUACUCCUCCUCUCCCACAAAACCAGUAUUAUCAAUCCUCAUUUGAGUAUUUAUUCUGUUAAAUCUAGUUAAUCAAUGGCAAAACACAGAGUAUGUCAUAGACUCAUGCACAUUCAAGAGAGCAAAUACAACAAGCUCUUUUAUAACCAGCUCCCCUAGGUUAAACUACCUCGGCAAAAGAAUAUUAACAAGAGUCAUUGCUAGUGAAUUGUUUUCAUUUAUAUUUCAAAUAUCCAACUUUCAACCUAAACUCCAAUUCAUAAUAUUCCUUCCUCCUCCUCACUGCCCAAGGUAAUAUGAAACUAAAGCCCAGAAAUUAAAAGAAUGUUCAGAAAUCCUAUAUGUGUUCCACCUAAUAAAACACCCACAUCAUAAGGCACCUAUUGAGAUUCAGGACAAACAGACUUGUAAGAUCUUAUGGGGGUGGGUGUAAAUUUACUAUCAUACAAAAUUCAUAAGGGAAAAGGAAAUCUGCAUGCUGGCUUCAAAUAGUUGAUCUGUUUUCAGUGCACAGCCUCAAAUACACCACAUGAGGUUAACAGUCUAAGCUUUUAACCACUUAACCAUUUUGCUUAUUUUUUUAAUUUAUUGGCAAAACUGGGGGUUUUGUUUGUUUGUAAUUUUGGUUAACUAUAUUUAAACAUUAGCUGAGACAUAUUUUUGAUAGCAAGAACAUAACUAGUUGAGUCCUGACUUUUUGUUAAUUAUUAAGCUCUGCUCGUUCUAGAAGGUGUAAACUGGUGCUGCCAGUCCCAAUCACUGCUACUCUCCCACUUUUCAUGACAUUUGUUGAUAAUCUUCAUUGUGCAUGUCAAUAUUUUAAUGAAUUAAAAUGCAUGAGAGACAAGGAACGACAUGACCACAAAUAAAAGGGCUGGGGCAUCAGAACGCUCUGUAUUCAAAGCUGACUAGAUGACCAAUCUUUCAUUUGUAGAGAUCCUGUAGGUUUUUUAAAGCAUUUUCAUUACUGACUCAUUUAUUUUUCAAAAUAACUUGUUUUUUCCCAUACUGCUUUGCCUUAUGUCAGUAAAAUGGUCUCUAGAAACCCCAGUUUCUAUCAUCUUAACUGUCUAGUCUAGCCUUUACCUUAAAGAGCUGAAAAAGUCAAUUUCACUGAACAAAAGCUAAUAGUAAAGCAAAAACCUAUCACUGCAAAGAGUGGCUUGUAAAUAGCUGAUAAUCGAGGGCUGUCUUCUCCCACUCACAGUUCCAACUGUGUGUCACUUUUUGGUGUUAAUGGCAGUUGUGUGUGUGUGGCAGUGAGAUAAUGGACCACUAUUAAAUCGGAUUCACUUCGGUGCUAAGAAAGUAAUGAACGAGGUUCCCAGAGAGACAUUACACCAGUGGAGUCCCUGGGAAUCCCCCUGACAUCUUUUUGGCAGGUGCCUAAAUCCCAGGCCCCUUUGGUGGCUGGCCACACCCUCCACCACUGAGGCACAUUGCUUCCUGUUUGGGGCACCAUCUGUAGGAACUAGGGUGUAUUUCUAAUGAUGGAUCUUUUCAAAAGUUUGCACAAUAUACCCUUAAAGGCUUAAAACUGGAGGUGGUUCAGAUCAAAAGAUAAUGCUAUCAACCAUCAGCAAACAUGUCAGUUCAAAAAUAAGUUAAGUUAGCAAGGAAAAAAAUGAAACAUUUUCCAAAUAUGCUUAUAAUUUACUAGUUUAUGAUCAUUUUUAUUCAGCCACAUGGUUUACUUCUAAUACCCUCACUUUUAUACUCACUUCAGUUAGAGCAUUCAAUAAGUUAGUGCUGGGGGAAAAAAACAAACCCUCAUGAAUGAUGUUUUUGCCAUUUGUUUUCCAGCAACGAGCAGAGUACCUGGCACAUAGUAGGUAUUCAAAGCAAGUGUGUCAGUUAAGAAAA